GUUGGGCGUGGCUUUGGGGCCCCGUUGUUCCCAUUGGUUGCGGCAGGCGCCUUCGUCGGCAUUCGCCUGCCUCAUUUUUCAGGAGGAAAGAAUCCCGUCUUUGGGCUGAAGGGACGUUCACCAGAGCGCGGAAAGGUGAUCUCCAUCUUGUUACCGGGCGGAACAAACUAUGUGUACCAUCAUCUAGCUGUAGGAAACACUGCUGGACUGAGCAGCAGGAGUUUCUCCCUCUUUUUUCCCCUAUAGAGAAAUAUGCGCCUAAUUCUUCGCCAUCUCUAUCAGGGUAUGACCCCUGUACCCAUAACCAACGUAUCUCCAGUUCGUAGGUACUUAUCUUGGGAGAAUGAGCAGCGCUGUAGAGAGCUGCUGGCAGCAUCCAAGAGCAGGCACAAGCAACAGGACGCAUCGGCUGCCGUCCUGGUCUCCCUGUGUUCUGUGGCCGGGGAACCCGCCCUUCUGUACACCCUGCGCUCCAGCACCCUGACUGGUGUGCACAAAGGAGAGGUCAGCUUCCCAGGCGGCAAGUGUGAUGACUCUGACCGGGAUAUCGUUGCCACGGCACUCAGAGAGACUCGAGAAGAGCUGGGUCUACAUUUAGGGGAGGACUGCGUCUGGGGCAUCAUGCAAUCUUUGCCUGACAGGACAAAAAAAUUUGUUGUUCCUGUGCUAGCGAACCUGGGUCCUCUUGAGCAGCUGAUUCUGAAGCCUAACCCCCAAGAGGUUGAGGCUGUGUUUACACUGUCCAUCUCCCACCUGCUGAAAGAACAGAACCAGGGCUAUACCCACUUUUGUAAGAACGGUGUCUAUAGCUACACAAUGCCUGUCUUCCCACGUGGCCCUCACCGAGUAUGGGGUCUCACAGCCAUAAUCACUGAAUUGACUCUGGAAUUGCUGGCACCAGGGAAAUACCAGAGACGGACUAAUGUGUUGGGUAGGCGCUAAGGUUUUCUAGCUAACGUCCAAACCACGGCUUCUAAGUUCAACCCCACCAAGAGACUUGAAUGCAGGUGACCUUCCAGCCAGGUGCUCAUGUCUUUCCUAGACUAGACACCAUGGUCUUUAAAAGCUCAACCCACUUCUUGCUCAGCACACACAACCCCACCCUCCAUGGAGCAGGGAUGGGGGAAGAGCGGACCUAUACUGUUUUGUUAUCAGCUGGUCUAGGACUUAUUUUUGAAUAAAAUAAAACUGCAUAUUGGAAAUCC